GUACUACUAUUAGCUAAGCUGGGCACACUCGCUUUCCUCUCACUCUCUUCUCCCCAUGGCCUCACUCCAUUCCCCGCCCACCUGAUUCUCUCAGCCGUGCGCGCUGCUUGAUCUCGAGGUCACGCCAGAGCCUGGGUUUGCGGCUACGAUCUCCCUUCGCCGACCCUCGCACGGGAAAUAGAUUUCGCCAUCGCUCCGUCUCCAUGCCACAUGGUCGCUCGCUUCUUUGACUUUUCAUCAGCGCCAGCGCUGCCGGCCGAGCUUGAUUCUGCGAUUCAGCCGGGAGGCACGCAGAAGAGCUUGCCCGGAUUGGGGAUGGAGGCAUGCAGGAUCAGCUGCUGGAAUAGCUUCAGAUAUCUGUUCAAAUUCUUCUCAUGCAUCUGAUAGAAUUGAAAUACACGAGAAAUCCUGCUAAAGUUCCGGUUAAAAUUAAACAAGAAAGUAAGAUGCAAUAAUUCUUCAGGCAAGGAACCACAAAUUAUAGUGCUGAAGGUGGACGCGGCGGCGGCCGCCGCACCGCCCUAGGCAUCCUCUGCGGAGCGAUAGGAACGCUGCCGCCCGGCGGGCUGUCCGAUGAAAUGGCUCGCUAUCGCUUUCGCGCCCCGUGGGUACCCCUGCUCGGCCUACUUCGUCGACGAGUUGGACAGGGUUGCCAAGAGGUGUAUAAUUCUAGCGAUAGUGAUCUUCUAUGGCAUCUGGCUGCAGAAAUUGGGUGUUCCGUUACGCGCCGGAUUUUUAGUGUUUGCUCUGCAGGAUGUUAAAACUAUGCUAAUGAGUUUUUCAAGGUUUUCAAAAUUGACGAGGAUUUUGGGUGUGUGCGAGUUUAUAACCAAUCAGAGCAUAAAAAAGCGAUGGAGAACGAUGGUCUGUUGUACCUUCGGUGAAGGCGUUGAUAGAUGGAGUUCCGGCGCCGGCAAGUAUUCCCUGUGCGUAAGCCCUCAAGUAUUAGCUGAUUGGGCACCUGAGUUUCGAUGAAGUUAUAGAAGCGAGAUUGUAGGAUUUGUGGAUUGUCCGAAGGAAUCGAUUCGUUCUUAUGCAUCUCCAUGGGUGUGUGUUGUAGCAUUGUUCGUGUCGGUUCCAGUUGUCUGGCCGUGUCUGUUCCGUA